GCCUUGGCGCAGUCGCGUCUCACGGGCGACAUACAACCAAGGAAACGCACCCUAUUGCGAUUCACAGCCGCGAGCAACCGUGUGUUCCGCUGGCCACCGACUCUAUAAAACUUGUCUGCCAACAGCAAGGCUGCCAGUUCACUGUUGAUCUCUACACGGGCUCCUUCCGAACACAACAGCAUCUUCCGUGUUUUUGAAAUACUUGUCAUCUGACCUCGUGCUGGUGCAAGGCAAGAACAAAUAAUCAGGAUCUAUAGGCGACUUAGGUCACUUAUCUCCUGUCGUCUUGGUGUUACCAGAGAGACCGUAAUUAACUUCGUUGCUGUGAGUUAUUUGUUUAACGUUGGGAAAUUAGUUGUUUGUGCUAUUUAUGUACAGUGUACAAAAGUGCUGUGGGGCUACUUCACGUGGUCUGAGUGAGCAACUGAAUGCAAAGAGAACAAAAUGUUUACUGUGACAAAAGUCAAUAUUAUCGAUGUUUAAUUAACAUAGAAAACACCAGUGUAAUUAAGGUACAAGAUAAAAUGUGACAAUUAACUUUUAACAAUUCCCUUACUUGUUACCAACUAUGUGAGAAAAAAUCUCCCGAGCAAAUACGAAAACCCUUUACGACUUAAAAAUAUGAAAUUACGUAAGCCAUUUUACACUUGUCUGUUUAUUCUCAAAAGUUACAGUAAAGUGUAAUGAGUGGGUGUUUGGAAACUAUCUCAAAACUGAUGAAACGGGCUUAGACAUAUACGUGGACCAUCAUCGUGUAGUACUUCAUAAAAGGAAGAGAAAAAAACAGAAUUUGUAGUGAUGUUUAAAAAACCAUGGAGUGGCCAACAUCCUUAACAAACUCGACUUCACCGUCUGCGAUGGACAUUCCAGCGAGAGAAGACGUAACGACGUAUUUUUCCGAACUGUUACCAACAGCCGACAACGGUUCAACAGUGGCAUCAGUUGGAAUGGCCACGCUAAACCUUGGUCCUGUUAGGGACCCCCUGUACAUAGUGAUUCCCAUCACCAGUUUAUAUUUCCUAAUUUUCUUCACAGGGGUGGUGGGUAACAUCAUCACGUGCGUUGUCAUAGCGAGGAACAAACACAUGCAGACGGCCACCAACUACUACCUGUUCAGCCUCGCCGUCUCAGACCUCGUUCUGUUACUGUCGGGUCUACCGCAAGAGAUUUACUGUAUCUGGUCCCGGUACCCUUACGUAUUCGGAGAGGUAUUCUGUGUUUUACGAGGUCUGUUUGCCGAAACGUCCGCCAAUGCGACUGUACUGACCAUCACGGCGUUCACGAUGGAACGCUACGUAGCAAUAUGCCACCCCUUCCUGUCGCAGACGAUGUCUAAACUGUCCCGCGCGGUGAAGAUAAUCAUCAUCAUAUGGAUUGUCGCCAUCGUAUUAGCGGUGCCUCAAGCCUUCCAGUUCGGCAUAGUGAUUGGCAACACCCCUGACAUUGUGAUGUGCAUAGUCAAAAGUCCGAUAUUCGCCCAUUCUUUCGAGAUAUCGACAUUGGUUUUCUUCAUUACGCCCAUGAUUCUUAUCACAGUGCUGUACGCUUUGAUUGGAGUCCGUCUGAGGCACUCGAACAUGAUAAUGAAAUGCGCUGCAGUUGGGUCGCUUAACUGCAAACAUGACUCUCACCCGUUGACAACUGCGUCUUUGCAUCGGCCACGACAACGCCACCCGGAAACCGGGAAACACCGGAAGACAGCGUGUUGCAGACAACAUCAGAUUCAGUGUUCUCGCCGGGUAAUCAAAAUGCUUGUGGCCGUGGUUGUGGCGUUCUUCAUCUGCUGGGCUCCAUUCCACGCUCAGCGCCUUUUCGCCAUCUACGGCAUGGGCAAAGCGCCAGCACCGGUGAUCCUGAAGAUCUACGAGAUCAUGACGUACAUCUCGGGCAUACUGUACUACGUGUCCACCACGAUCAACCCCAUACUCUACCACAUCAUGUCGCUGAAGUUCCGACAAGCCUUCAAGAAUACCCUUGUCUGUUGCUGCCGGUCUCAGGAGCCCAAGGGUCAAGGAACGCGCAGACCAUACUCCAAGAUCUUCAGGUCAGGCCAUCGAGGGUCCCUGGGGACGAGCACUGCGGGUCAGGAUAGCACCGAGUAUUCAGGAAACUCUGUGCGGGAGGAGGUGCUGCUCAGCGGACCAGGAAGCAACGGAUCCAGUGUGAAGGACUUCUCGGGGACCAGGAAGUGCUUCCGGAUUCAGGAGCGCAAUUACCCGUCUGGUAGUCGAGGCCAGGACUUCAACUGGGUGACCCCGGCAAACGAUCAGAACAAUACAGAUCCCAACUCCAGACGAUCAUUUUCAGUCGUCGUCAGUCCGACACACUGCAACGAGAAUGGUAUUAAGAGCGUGCCAGCCGAAGACCCGAACCAUCAGACUACUCAGACGAGCCAGAGGUCCAUCGUGACGAAGAUACCCAGAAAGAGCAACGUAAUCAUCAAGCAGAAGUCUAAAAGAAGCGGCUGGAAUAUUUUUCGAAACUUAAAGACAUCUGCAAGGUUUGUAGACGAUAACAAAAAGCUGUCGGUGUCUUACUCAUUCACACCGACAUCACCGAACCAUUACAGCGAGCCGACGCAGACGAUGAACAUGGUUCCUCUGCAGAGAAGUGGCAGUGUAAACAGUUUACGUGACGCGGAGGACGGGCUGGCAGUCACCUUACGACAGGAGUGCUAGGAAUGUCCUAACGACCAAGCACAGAAACCCCACCUAUUUUGACUGUAAAAUUGCCCGGCUCAGCGCGACAUCGCACUGACACCGUGUUUUCUGGGUCUCCCAUUGAAGGUCGUUUAGUUAUCACACGUCUAUAGAUCCAUUUAGAUUUGUUUAUACUUCGCAUCGAUCAUGAAUCAACGUUGGAGUCCGUGUCAAAGUUUAAAGAAAAUAUAAAACGCGCCGUGAGACACUCCCGACAAGACACAGAAGUUCCAAUGCCUCACAGACGAAAAUAUCAGCUGACUGUGGAUACCGACACGUUCCACCACGAAGCUCUCUAUGGUACAAACUAUUACUGCUGUAUCCAUCAAGACAAACCAAAAUGGUGAAUUCACUAUCUAAGUCGAUGUGAAGGUCCAACGUACAACUUUCUGUAAUAUUUAAUGUUCUGCAACGUCAGUUAUCAGAUUAUUUGUGCAUAAAAAACUUAAGAGAGUAGCCCUGAAUAAUAGUGAAAUUUGCAUUCUGGUGUGUACUAUCGGACAAAUAUGUCACUUAAAGAUAACCACCAGGGUUUUCCUCUAAAAAGUAAUGCCAAUAACAAAAGUGAAAGGAACAGUGUUGUGAGCUCUAAGAGGUUUAAAAUUAAGUUUUUGAAUGAUUAAUCUACAAGAAGCUAAAUGAAUUCUAAAACCCACGUGUACUGUACGUUGUGACACGUAUAAUGUGAUUAGUGGUACACGGACAUUUAUUGAUUACGUGAGCUGUCUAUUUGUGGCCUACUUUAAAACUCUUGGGGCAUCUAAGUAAGAGGAGAAAAAUAUAUGGAAGAAUCAUAUUUGUUGUUAUUUGGUGGCCCCAUGAAACAAGGUUUGAUUCUUCAUAAUGUAGCUCACAAAAGUAACACGUGUUGCCAGCUUUAACACAUAAAAGUUGACGUAGUACUUUUAGACACCAGCAGAAGUACUUAGACGCACGAAGUCUCAGUUUGUGACUCACAACGAGGCUGAAACUUACAGAAGAGGAAGGUUUGUGAGUAGGCUUAAAAGAAUGGAGCCUCUCUCCUCACCUUGAGGUUCGUAAGACGUGUUUCGAAUUGCUUAACGGGAGAAAAGUUUAUAAAUUCUCAAAGAGUUUUGCUUGCUCUCAAUUUAUGACUCAAAAAUUUGCCUCACAUUUCUAGACGAUGAUAGAUUAUGAGAAGACUUAACUGAGACACUGCACUCUUGCUUUGAAACAGAGAAAAGUGUUUCUAGGUACGUCGAAAAACUCCGAAUAUUGAUCCGUGUUUUACGGACAGUUGAGAAUCAAGUAGCCUAAGGAUUUGUACAGAGAAUGCCCCCAUACUCUAUCUGCAUUUAUAACGCAAAGAUCUGUGCUUAGGAAAAAAUAGGCACAUAUAUUUCCUAAUGUUCGUUGUUUGUAUCCAGUUGUAUCAGAUUGAAAUGCGAAUAAAAUUAAUUUCUUUACAGAUACGAAGCCCGAACCAAAAACGAGACAAUAGACACUGUGUGAAAAUUUAUAUUUUACUGUUCUUGGUAUUACGUGUUAUUACUAUGAUUGAUUCACUGAGCGCGAUUUUGCGAUUUGUUCCGUUUUACGUAACCCACAUUGUCUUCAGUGCACACUUACAUGUAUUAGAACCAUUUCGUACAAAGAACAAAUAUUUAUUCCAGGUACAGGUCAGGGGAAACAAUGUCAGCGAAAAAUGUUCGCAAACAAUUUUUCUCAACAGCGGAACAUCGUUGCCAAACACUCGAUGUUUUAGAUCACUGCAAGUACAUUUAUGAAAUCACACCGAACAAAGUACAAAACAAAAGUGAAACUAGUUGCCUGUAGCCUGUGUGGACGUAUUUUUAACACAUUUUCAUAAAUAAGUUAUAAAACCAAUCUUUCUAGUUCAUUCUUUGUCUUUGUUUAUUUGAGUAAUCGCAAAAUAUUUGUGUGUAUCUUUGGAUGCGUUGCUGAUAGGCUGUAAUUGUUGUCUACAUCGUGUUCAUGAUGUUCAGUAUCGAAAAAACUGGCAAAUGUUACGUGUUGUUUAAACUUAUAUGAACAUGUCCUCGUUUGUGUAACUGUAUGAUCUAACAUGGCAAGUCUUGCAUGUCCAUCAUCUAUAAGAAGCCAGACUUGCAUAAGAUUAAUUCAGUCUGAAAUACACAGAAUGACGCAAGCUCAAAUAUAAAAUAUCCCAGACUUUGUAAAAGGUUAUACAUGUGUAUGCAUUUAACAUUGUUUUUAUGUUGUUAUAGAUGUAAUAAUAUUUUUGAGAGUAAAAUAUUACACAUUUUAAAACAAAAAUUUUGGCGAAUUUGUCGCAAGACACGACAACAUGAAAGUUCAGUCUGAUCUGAGACAUGAAUUUAUGACGGCGAUGAAGGCGUAGAUCGUGGUCUUGCGGGUUGUGACACCGUGUGUGCUCCUAAGGGAUUACCAACGUUUCGCAGGAACACAUCGCUUCCAUCUUCAGAAGACCACGAUCGAGGGUCACCCCGAUGUUAUUUGUUUUAACAAAUACAUGGGCCAAUCCGAUGUCCACUUACAGUAGGGUAAUUAAAUUCGAUGCUAUUUAAAUGUUAUUAAUGUUUAUUAUAAUGUACAUUUCACUUUCUAGCUGUGGAGAGCCUAAUGUCUGAAUGGGUUUUGUGUAAGUAACCUUACUGAUAAAACACGACUCUAAGGGUAAGUACAAGAGUAUUGAUUUAGUAUAUUUUUAUGCUGUUAUAAAUUUAAAAAUAUUUUUGAGAGUGCAUAGUUUGAAGGCAAUAUGCCGUGAGAUGUAACAGUGUGUAAAGACGUCAAUCUGACUUAACUUUUUCAACAAUCAAUCAAUCAAUCAAUCAAAGCAGUGAAAAUAUAUUCCAGUGUAAUUUUUGACCUCCAUGAUUUGUGAGCAUAUGUGACGAAUCUUUCCUUUGUGCAAGUCACAUUUUCUGGCUGUCGAGAACCUAAUGUUUGUAUUAGUACACUGUAAAUAAAAGUUGGAUAGAAUGCGCA